ACAGUAUUUACUAAAGUAUAAUCUUGUUUCGUUUUAUUGUGAUAUAAAAACGUAAAAUUAUUGUGAAAUAGUGUAAUUGUGGCUCUAAAACUAUUACUCGAGUGUUAAUAAAUAAGUAUAGUGCACCAUAAGUUGGAAGAAGUAUCGUGUUUCUGUGUAAUUGUGUUGUAAAGUGACCUACACGAAACAAAUGAAAAAGUAAUUCGCCGUUUUUCCAUUGGUUUUACCUCUUUUUGUGGAUAUCUUCCGUUACUGAAGGUUUACACGAGGACUAGAGAACUAUUUGGCUCGAAGCCAGUGAGAACUAAAAAUUUAUCCUAGUGAUUCAGUGACAAUGUUCCCGUGGAAAAUGUGCGCGGAAACUGUUAAAAACGUGCUCAGGUGUUCGUGACGGUGCGACAAAAUGUCACCGGACAAACGUAAAAGGAAAAUCAACGAAAAUAAAAAACAAAACACACACAACACCCGGACUUGAUUCUAGCUCAGUGAUAUAAUAAUAAUAAUAAUAAUAUAUACACUUUUGAUAAUGAUCUCAUUAAUUUAGUGCUUAACCAUAUAUAAAGACUGAAUAAAAAUAAGUUCAACAAACCUUAAAAAUGAUAGCGUUGAAAAAACUCUACGGCGACGAACUGCUUCGGUUGGCGUUAGUUCUAAGCCUCCUGAAAGCGAACCCCGAUGACUACUUCGAGCUGGAGACCCAGCAGCUCGCUGGUCUCCACAUAUCAAACGGAUCUGAUUGGUCCCUCGAGCAGGAAGCGAGGACGCUGAUCAGACCGAGGUUCGUCCACCCGAAAUCCCUCGACCACAUACUGGUUAACUACGAAAGACAAUUAUUCGAGGAGUUAAAUUCUCUAGGUCGCUACAAUAACUUUGAAAACAAUGACCGGAUGUGGUAUAAUCAGGGUUCGAUUCAUACAUAUUUAGUUAAUAAUGUUGCGACCGAUACAGUUGUGCCGGGACUGUCCCAGGAGGCGGUCCACGAUGAGAACGCCCAGGACAAUGUCUCGUCUGAUGAUAACGUCGCACAGGAAGUGAAAGUCGAGGAGGAAACCCAAGCGGACCAGCCCGACGCUGUCGUGACCUUAUCAGCGGACUUCCUCCAAAAUCACACGGAGUCGGACAUAUUUGCGGAGAUUUCGAGUCGAUCGUUCGAUGUCAAUGAGUUUCUGAUACCCAAUGAGAUGCAGAUUAAGAAGGAACAGGAAUCUGACGAAGAUCUCGUCGUUAGGGUCAAGAAAGAGAGAGACGAUGAUGAUGACGACCUAUACAGCGACAACGCCAUCGACGAUUAUGUUCCGUAUUUCUCGGCGAAAGCUGGUAAGUUGGAAGUUGGUGAACCGAAUUCGGUCUUCCAUCAGAACCUCGCAGAUCUCCAAGACUAUGAGGAACUCUUCGACGAUGUCAAAGAACUCAAGAACGACCUGGAAUGUUUGGACGUUAAGCAGCAACAAGAGAAUUUGGAACAGUACCUUUUGGAGAAUACGCCGUUGGAUACAGAGGCCUACGAAUUGGCGCCAAUGUUUGAAGAGGAAUUGGUGUUGGACGUGAAGAGAGAAAGAGCUAGUACGAGUUUUACGUCAGCUAGUUCGAGUGGUGUGAGCGAGAUGGACACGUCUUCUGUUUCCGAUAUGCCCGAUAUUAAAUUGGAGCCGGAUGAAGGUCAUCACAGUGGGGAUGAGCUUACUCAGGAGGACAUGGACCUUAUCGAGGUGCUGUGGAAGCAAGAUGUGGACAUGGGUUUCACCAUGGAGGACCCUGUUCAGCCGGAGGGCCCUCAAGCCAAGAAGGUGAACUUGAACGACCAGAUCGAUAAGGAACUGAAGCUGGCCGAGGAGAAGAUACAGAAGAAGAAGAAGGAGGAGUGCGAGAAGAUCGAGAAGGUGAAGGCGUCUCUUCUGGAACCGGAUAAGGAGGAGGAUCCGUGGGCCGGCUUGUCGUACACCGUCGAUACAGAGACCGGUGAAUACGUCAUCCAAGGCGAGCUGCCCCAGCAGUUGGUCAGCGAGGAGUCACGUUUCGAUCUUCUCGAAGAGGCGCUUCAGCUGGUCGAGCUAGGGGACGAGGCGGACAGCAAAGAUGAGACCCAGGCGGUAGAGGGCAGCAGCGGUACCAACAUGUUGCACCCGGCGAUGCGGCAUGUGCCGCACCACCCCCUCGCCCACUACCACAACCAAUCGCUCAUGCGUUCUAUGUCUGUUGAGCAGCGGUGGCAGGACCUCGCUUCGUUGCUGACCAUCCCCCCACCGCCUGACCAGUACCAGCACUACCACCAGCACGCGCAUCCGCAUCCUCAUUCUCAUCCGCAUCCGCACAACAUCAGUCACGGUGCAGCGGCGGGCUACACGCCUAACUACCACGUACCACCGCCUGUUCCGGAGAAACAUCAUGACGGAUACGGCGCACCGCCGCCGCUGGACGGCGCUUACAAGGUUGAAUCAGCUCACCACCAACAGCACGACCCUCUGUACUAUCAGAAUUCAACGUCGGAAAUGCCUCCGAAUCAAGACGGGUUUCUGCAGUCCAUUCUGAACGACGAAGACCUGCAGCUCAUGGACAUGGCUAUGAAUGAAGGCAUGUACACCAUGCGCAUGUUGGACGGCGCUUCGGCUGCACACGUAACACAUAAUCAAACUCAUAUGCCAAUGAAUAAUGAACGGGACUCAGCAUCCGAUAGCGCGGUGUCCUCGAUGGGAUCGGAGAGGGUACCAUCUCUGUCUGAUGGGGAAUGGUGCGAUGGAAGCGAUUCAGCGCAGGAGUUCCAUAGCUCCAAGUUCCGACCCUACGAAGGGGCGUAUGGAAGGGAUAGAACUCCGCACGCGCCACAAAAGAAACAUCACAUGUUCGGGAAAAGAUGUUUUCAGGAACAAGCACCCGCUCCCCUCGAACCGCUGGUACCAGCUCGACCACCGGGCGUCGUCAAAUACGAAUGCGAACAAACAUACCACGAUAACAUGCACAUGCAUAACGUGGAGUACCCGCCACGCCACCAGCUGCCGCCGCCGCACGUGACCGCCCUCCAGCCGGCGCUCGACUUGAACACGCCGCACACGAGUCACGCUUUGCUACAAAGUACCAUACCGAGUCCGACUCGCUUCGGCUUCGCUUCCGGCGACAGGGUGAGGCACAACCACACGUACAGCGCGCCGCUGCCCGCCGCCGAGCAGCGGCAGCCGACGCGAGACAAACGAGUUCGUCGUCUCACGGAUGGGAGUACGUCCGACGGAGGGAGCAUUGCGGGCCACCUGAGUAGAGACGAGAAACGAGCUAAGGCCCUCGGUAUACCUCUUGAAGUUCACGAUAUAAUCAACUUACCAAUGGACGAGUUCAACGAACGCCUCUCGAAGCACGACUUGAGCGAGGCUCAGCUAUCUCUUAUAAGGGACAUACGGAGGCGAGGAAAGAACAAGGUGGCAGCACAGAACUGCCGUAAACGUAAGCUCGACCAGAUAACAUCGCUGGCAGACGAGGUGCGCACCGUGAGGGACAGGAAAGCGAGGACUCAGAGGGAUCAUAACACUCUAUUGGCCGAGAGGCAGAGGAUCAAGGAGAGGUUCGCUGCACUCUACAGACAUGUGUUCCAGAAUCUACGCGACCCCGAAGGCAGGCCGUUGUCGUCGAACCAGUACUCAUUGCAGCAGGCUGCUGAUGGGAACGUCGUACUCGUACCGAAGAUGCAGCACGAUCAUCCCAUGAAUCGGUCGUCCGACGAUGAAAUGGACCGCAAGGCGAAGAACUACGAACAGUGACGUCGCCUGCGCGGACAGACAUACGCGAACAGUAGUAUUUGUACAAACCGUUAACAAGAAUAGAUUUUUUUUUUUAUCCUAUUAAACUAUUUUCAGUAUCUAUUCUAUUCUACUUUCAAUAUCGUACGAAUACUAUUCAUAUUGGAUUAUCGACCUUAUAUACGACUCAUUAAAGACCAAUUUGACAUUGUAUUAACUUGGGAUGUGUGGAACUUUUUUUUCAUACAAAAAUACACGUUAUGUAAAAAUGUCUAUGUAAAAAUAUACAUAAAGACGUUUUUGUUACAAUAAAAAGUCUUUUAAAACCUGUAACGGUUAAGUUGUAACUUAAAUUGACUUAGUUCGUUUUGAUAUUCAACACGGUUUCCUGUAUAAUCUGUUGAGAGAAUUCGUAAUUGAAAAAAAAAGGGACGUCUAUGGUAGAGGCGAUAUCGCGGGCCGAUUUAACAGAACAUAUUUUUUUUAUAACGUAUACGACUUGUAGUUUAAUAUAGUCUCAAAAUGAACGAAAGAACUCAGUAUUUAUUUAUUUUUUUCACCUCUGGUGAUGAUUUGAACGCAGACCGACGUAACGUCGCUUUUAACGAAAUUAAGUUUGAUUAAUUGUAUUUUGUGAAACUUUCUCGAUGUAUAUGUGAUAGUCAAAAAUUCCAUUUUUGUUUAGCGUCGCAUAGUUUUGUCGAAGUGUUGCCAGUUUAGACUUCAUCGAAGUUUAUAAAUUGACGUGUGUAACGUCGCUGAGUUGCAAUAAGUAAUUAUAAAUUAUGCUUUUCUGUAAUAUACGUGUUAAGUACAUACUUUAUUUAUGUAUAAUAAUUAAUAGGAUAGAUUAUUAUUAAAAAAAAAAAAACUUUUAGAUAACAAUAAAAAAAAAUACCAAUCUGUUGAGAAAAGUACAAAAUUAACGAAUAUGGGAUUUCUAUGAAGGUUUCAACUGGAAGCGUUAAAUGUUGAAAGUGUGCGUUGAAGUAACGAUUCGAAAUUUAAAAAAAGAAACGACAAUACAUAAAAAAAAACUCUGACAUCUUGAAGCUAUAAUAAGCAAAUGUAAAAACUGAACUGCCAUUCAGCCUUAUCUUAUGCAUUAAAAAAAAAAGUUCAUUUAUUUGUUUUCAUUGAUGCUAGAAUUGUCUAUUUUUUUUCCUAAUCAUCCGGUUGGAACCUUGACUUUAAAGAUUUCAAGUUAUGUUUUUUUUUUUUUUAAAUAUAAGAGAUCAGUCCCUAGUGAUGUUACUGGUCUUUUAGAUUUAACGUUUUAUUUAAUCUGUAAGUUAUAGAUAUGUCAUUUGUGUCGGCAAUUAUGUAACUUUUUUGAAGACAACAAUUUUUUAAAUAAAAAAAAGUAUAUAUAUAUUUUUUGAGGUUUCAUUUUUUUUUUUUUCAAUCAAUUUUAAAGAUAUUUUAACGUACUAAUUGUAUAUCGUAAAGGAUCCAUAUGCGUUAUUUUUUAUCUGUAAAAAAUAUUGUUGUCUUUAAAAAUUCGAAUCCCUUCUAUGUGGUGCAUAUUUUUAUUCGUAGUGUAAUAGUGCUUGCAAGAACUAAUUAUCGUAAUAUUUAUGUAAAGUAAGGGACUUUUAGGCGACGGGUAUUGCAUUUCACUAAGUUUUUUAAUAAAUACUUAGAGUGGC